UCAGUUGUCAGUGAGUUUCACUUCUCAGUGACACAGGAAGGAGAAGCUGCAGUAUAUCAACAGCAGAGAAACAGUGAAGACAUUUGUUCAGAUGUACAGCAAACAUCAGUAGCUGACUUUCAACUUCGUAAAUACACUUCUUCCUGCAGUAAUUCAGUUCUUUGACUGUGCAGAGUAUGAGCAUACAGCUGGUACAGUAAAGCUGUUACACCACAGGGGACCCAGAAAAAUGCUUCCAUCCAUAAUCGUAGUGCUCAUGCUCAUCCCUCUUACCUGUGGAGAAAAUCCUGCAAUACAAGUCAUUCUGACCAACAAAGGACUUCAGUACGGAAAGCAUGUAGGUGCAGGAUGGAUUCAGGAUAAGUUGGAGCUUGUCACUCUCCCUGACAUCAGCGGUGAAAUCCACAUCAGCAUCUUUGGCAGCAUAGACUACACAUUAACAGGCAUCACCAUAACAAAGUGCGACUUUCCAGAGCCGUCUGUUGAGUUCUAUCAGGACGUUACAGGAUUCAAGACAUCCAUCUCAGGCCUAAGUGUUGCACUAACUGGCGGGUGGAUAACACACUUAGGCGUAAUACAUGAUAGGGGAUCAUUCAACAUGGCUAUAUUUAGUGUGGAUGUGACCUCUGUGGUGACGCUGGGGAAAGAUCCUGACGGGCAUCUGUCUGUCACCAGUGUCAGUUGUGAUGCUCACAUUGGAGAUGUGGACAUACAAUUCCAUGGUGGAGCCAGUUGGAUCUUCCAGCCUUUUGUGAAACAUUUUAAGGGGUAUAUCAGAAGUGAAAUAGAACACAGAGUCUGCCCUGAUGUGGAGGAAUCCAUUGUGAUGUUGGAGGGCUACCUACAGGCCAUGAAAGUUUCCUUUGAUGUGGAUCAAGACCUUACUCUUGACCUCCCUCUCACCGGCUUACCUGUUAUUGAUGCUUCAAAUCUGAAUCUGGGUUUUAAGGGAGAAUUCUACAGUAUCAAAACUCAUACAGACCCUCCCUUUGAGUCCCAGCCUUUCACCGUGCCUGAGCAGUCAGGCUACAUGUUGUCAGUGGGCCUGUCUGAAUUCACUCUGAACUCUGCCUCAUAUGGAUACUACUCAGCUGGACUGUUUCAGGCUCUCAUCAAUGAUAGCAUGAUACCUCCAGGCUCUCAUCUGCACCUAAAUACCAGCGCAAUGGGGCCUUUCAUUCCUCAGCUUCCCAAGAUGUAUCCAGGUCUGCUGAUGAAUCUGCAGGUGUAUGCCAGAGAGGUUCCACUGUUUUCCUUCCAGCCUGGUGCUGUUAAACUGGGCUUCCAGGGCGCUGUUAAGGCUUUCGCCAUCCAGCCAAAUGGUACCCAGACCCCACUGUUCAAACUCAAUGUUGACUCAAAAUUCAGUGGAAAAGUGUGGAUUGCUGGUGGAAGACUGAAGGGCUCCGUGACAAUGAACAAUUUUACACUGAUGCUGGUGUCGAGUGAAGUGGGCACCUUUCAGACUGAUGCUAUGGAAAGCAUUGCGAGGAUAGGAGCGAGGGUAGUCUUGGCAAAACUGAACGAGAAACUGGGCAAAGGUGUUGUUUUACCCAGAAUGAAACAAGCACAGCUGGUCAACACAGUUCUGGAGGUGGAGGAGGGAUUUAUAGCCAUCUCUUCAGAUGCUCAGGUGUUGCUACCAGACAGAGACUUCAACUGACAGACAAACCGGCCCGUUUAACUCUGGUACAUCAAACAUGGAUGCUCUUCAUUUCAGUUCAGAUUCUUAAACUUAAACAUUUCUGUAAUCAUAAUUUACGAUUUCAAUUUUCAAAUCAACAGUGAGUAAGCCUGCAGCUCAACUUUAGAAAUGCUUAUAAAGUGGAAGUAUACAGCCUAAAAUCUGAUCUUUCUUCACACAAUAAUGUAUAAAAAUUUUAAAAAUUUAAAAAUGAAUUCAGACUGUCUCAAUAUAAAAAUUGUAAGACCUAGCUGAUUAAAGGGGUUAAAAAUCUUAGUCAUCAGAACAUUUAUUUUUUCAUUUUACAUACAUAUUUCGACUAAUAUAGAAAAAAGGGAAUAAUUGAAAUCUGUGUGUGAUUUUCAUGUGAAUAUUUUGUCUUUAUCUGGUUUUUUCCAGGAUGCUGUGUGUCACUAUGUCAUUGUUUAUACUACCACCAGAGGGCACCAAAUUAAAAAAAAUAUAUACAUAAAAAAUCUCUAGAAAUGUGCAAGAUGAUAGAAGGGGUUGGGUUUGGUUAAACAGGAAUACAUAAGUAUAAGACAUUGAACAAUCUGUGAUCCCAGGAAUAUGAAUAUCUUGAUUUAUCUGCAUUUUUCACUUGUGGUAUUAAGUAAAUUAAAUAUAAAUUUGUUUCUGAUAUAUUUUUCAAAUAUUUAAUUGUUCUAUACAUUAAAUUAGAGACCUGGUAGAGUUAUCAUUAACUGUCAGGAGCCAAUUAGCUGCUUUCUUUUGACUGAAAGCCAAAAACACAGAGGCAAAAACACUUGAAUGAAACAUCUGAGGCUAUACUAAAUAAAGAAAUGCUUCAAGCAAUAUUACCAAUCAAA